UUAUUGAUAGUUGGAGGGGCAUGAAAAUUUUAAAAUUAAGUUGCCGCCACAAAGCUUUGAGAAACUGAAAAAACGAAAACAAAAAACCAGAUUUUGAUAGUGUUGUUCUUCCCUUCCCGGGCUCUCUUCCCUCCAAACCAAAUUUGCCUUUAAUAAUUCAAAAUUUUAACCACACAAAAGCCCUAAAUCUCCGCCUCCAUCCUUUUCUGCUUGCAAAAUCCCAAAAAAACACAGAAUCAACAAUGGAUACCAAAUUCCAAGCUUUACCUCCUUUCAAAAGACACACCCUCUUAGAACAGGAACAGCAACAGCAACAAGAAAACGAAGAAAAUGUGCCCUUCUCCUCGCAAUUGCCGGCCAAGAAGCGAAAGGAGUCCCGGAACCCACUUCUUGCGGAUGCUGAUCCCAAAGUCACUACUAGUGCUGCUUACUGCUUGCCAACCAAGAAGAGGGUUUGGGCACUGCAUCCUGAUUUAGUUUCCGGUAAGCCUCUUUCGCCGCUAAUCGAUCUCAACGUUGAGUAUAUUCCUUCUUCUAAUGAAGAAAUUAAAGCAGAUGAGGAAAACAAGAAAACCCCUCUUCCAAUUAUUAAUAAGUCAAUUGAUAGUUUACAACAAGAGGAGAAAGUCACAUUUCUUUAUGAAAACAAUCAACAAGAGUACAAGGAGGAAGAGGAUGAUGGUAUUUUGUGUGCUAUUUGUCAAAGCACAGAUGGGGAUCCAACAGAUCCUAUAGUGUUUUGUGACGGGUGCGAUUUAAUGGUUCACACUACUUGCUAUGGCAAUCCUUUAAUAAAGGGUGUUCCUGAUGGUGAUUGGUUCUGUAGUCAGUGUUUGGCUUCUAAAUCCGACAAAGAAACCAAGCAACCAUCCUUAUCUUGUUGCUUGUGUCCAAUAAAGGGUGGUGCUUUGAAACCCACCGCAACAAAUGGCCGUGAUGAGUCAUGGGCUCAUAUUGUGUGCGCACUUUUGAUUCCUGAGGUGUUUUUUGACGAUCCAGAUGGCCGUGAAGGAAUUGUUUAUUCUAAGGUUCCUAAAAGGAGAUGGGAAGAGAAAUGUUAUGUUUGCAAGAGUAGAAAAGGGUGUGUUAUUGACUGCUCUGAGCCUAAGUGUCCUCUGGCAUUUCAUGUUACUUGUGGGUUGAAUGAGGAUGUUUAUAUCGAGUAUAAAGAAGGGAAGAAGAAGGAGACUAUAGUUGCUGGCUUCUGCAAAAGACACACUGAAUUAUGGGAUAAGCAACAACAGACAGGGAAGUUCAAGAUUGUUGCCAGAGAAGAGCACAAAAAAUAAUAAGCUCUAGGUGGGCUAUUGAAUGACAUUGAUGAGGGUUUGAGAAUGUGCUAGUCUUUGAUGAAAAUUACAUUUUUUUCUUUUUCCAAUAUUGUUAAGAUAGCUAUCUUGUUUAGAUUUUAAGUUGGUAGUUUUGAUUAUUUUAGCUGAUAUGAUUAAUUUUACCCAGUGUGAUGCACCUAAUGGUCUAGUUGAUUUCUUAUGAAUAUCAAUAAUUUGUGACUAGCCAUUAGCUCCUAAA